UAUAAAGCGAGACGCGUACGUGAGUCCCCCUUUUACCUCUGCCCACCAACCAUGUCUGCAUAAGUCCAUGUCCGACUAAGUCUUGCCCUUCCUCCUCGUUGUCCUCGCCAUUGACCGUCUGGCGACCCAAUAAACAAGCAUGGUUAACACAGUCGUCCGUAUAUCUAACAACGGAUCCCUACUCUUCGAACCCGAAAUCGUCGACCGUAUACACCCUUAAUUCCAUGUCUGCCUUUCCUUCAGCUCUUGUAUCUACUUCACACCCUCGUCUUUCGUCCAUGUCAUCCAAGAUUUUCUCGCUCGCCCGAUCCAAGUUGAAUGUGUCCGUUGGGAGCAAGGACAAUGUCAGCUUGCAUCGAUGGGUGCUAAUAAAAAAUUCCAUUAUACAGUCUUCUCACACCGCCGCUGAAGCUCCGGUCGAAAUCGACUCCCCCCAGAAUGACUUGGACCUCGACUCUGACAGUGACUCCAACGAAGCAAUGGUCGAGCAAGAUUCCUUCUUGUUUCCUGACGUUACAGAAGAAUCGCGUUCCUCCGUGGGCCAUUCGGAAGCUCAAUGGUUAGAUUGCAUGUUGGAAAUUGUUGACGAUGACGAGGACUCGGACGACUUCAGUUCUGGCGUGCAGGUGUCUGUGUUACCUGCGGACGACGAUGACGACACUAUCAGUCCAUUGCCUUCCCCCAUGUCCUCGUCAGACGACCUCACCAACCCGGCGUAUUUCGCCACACCCAUGACAUAUUCGUAUCCGUAUCCUGUACCAUAUCCUCCCUAUCAUCCCCCGCUCAUCUCCCCUUACCAUCUUGAUUCCACGGUCGACUCGUCUCUUUCGGCUCCGUAUGAUGAUCCCCUGCCUUAUUAUGAUCUCGACGACGUAGAAGAUCUUCCCGUUCCAGAUGCUAUAGAAGACACCUCUGAUGACGAGUCAGACGCACCGACAACACCAUCAUUGGACCAGUCGACUUCACUGACGCUCGACCCGGCUUCUAUUCCAUUACCUACGGGACGCAGCAGGCUCAGGCAUCCAGAUCCACGUGUGUAUAGUGAAGCGGACGACUCUUUCUUCAAACCAUUUGAGUUUGAUGCUCUUCCAUUUUCCCAUGUCCUUCCUAGUUACUCCCUCCAAGAAUGUUGACCAUCAUCAUCACCGUAAUCAUCUUUCGCCAAUGUAUAUAGUCAUUAUUUACUUGUACAUGCUCUCGUUCCUCUGCCCAUCUACAAUAUGCACCCCGUACUUCCCCUACUCCUGUUUCUCUCUCUCUCUUUUUGGCUAUCCUUGUAAGUAGACAUAUGAAGGGUUCUUUGAUUGUGACUAGUUGAUUGAACAGCAAAAACGAGGACACGGCGAUUACGCCUUUCUUGCCCCAGCUUCGGCCGAUGCAUCGCCGUCGGAGGCGGA